CGGGCCAGUGGGGCUGGGCUGGGCUGGCCAGCGACAGGGUGCUGGCUGCCCCAGCAGUGGGGGAAUCAGAGGGCACGAGCAGCCGGCCCCAGCAGACGCACUCAGCUCGCGGCCCGCCUGUGGCCUUUCUGCACGCGGGAUGGCCCCGAUUAGAGGAGGCCCGGCCCUGGCCGUGCUGCUAGUCUGCUGGGCAGCGCUGGGCCCCUGCGGCCCCGAGGGAGCGGAGCCCGGGGCUCCGGGGGCCGCCGAGGGCCUGCAGUGCCCGGCCAUCUGCACCUGCGGCCACGACGACUACGUGGACGAGCUCAGCGUCUUCUGCAGCUCCCGGAACCUCACACGGCUGCCCGACGCCAUCCCGGACGGUGCCAGGGCCCUGUGGCUGGACGGCAACAAUCUGUCCUCCGUCCCCGCGGCCGCCUUCCGCAAUCUCUCCGGCCUCGCCUUCCUCAACCUGCAGGGCAGCGGGCUGGCCAGCCUGGAGCCGCAGGCACUGCUCGGCCUGCAGCAGCUCCGGCACCUGCACCUGGAGCGGAACCAGCUGCGCGGUCUAGCGGCCCGCACCUUCCUGCACACGCCGGGCCUGGCCUCCCUCGGCCUCAGCAACAACCUGCUCGGCCGGGUGGACGAGGGCCUCUUCCAGGGCCUGGCCCGCCUCUGGGACCUCAACCUCGGCUGGAACAGCCUGGCCGUGCUCCCCGACGCCGCCUUCCAAGGCCUGGCUAACCUGCGCGAGCUGGUGCUGGCGGGCAACAAGCUGGCCUACCUGCAGCCCCCGCUCUUCUGCGGCCUGGCCGAGCUCCGCGAGCUGGACCUGAGCAGGAACGCCCUGCGGAGCGUCAAGGCCAACGUGUUCGUCAAGCUGCCCAAGCUCCAGAAGCUCUACCUGGACCACAACCUCAUCACUGCCGUGGCCCCCGGCGCCUUCCUGGGCAUGAAGGCGCUGCGCUGGCUAGACCUGUCACACAACCGCGUGGGCGGCCUCCUGGAGGACACCUUCCCCGGCCUGCUGGGCCUGCACGUCCUGCGCCUCUCGCACAACGCCAUCGCUGGCCUGCGGCCGCGCACCUUCAAAGACCUGCACUUUUUGGAGGAGCUGCAGCUCGGCCACAACCGCAUCUGGCAGCUGCCCGACAAGGCCUUCGAGGGCCUGGGCCAGCUGGAGGUGCUCACGCUCAAUGACAACCAGAUCCGGGAGAUGGAGGCGGGCGCCUUCCUCGGCCUCCUCAGCGUGGCCGUCAUGAACCUCUCCGGGAACUGCCUGCGGACACUCCCGCAGCAGGUGUUCCACGGCCUGGGCCGGCUGCACAGCCUGCACCUGGAGCGCAGCUGCCUGGGCCGCAUCCGGCCACACGCCUUCGCGGGCCUCUCGGGCCUGCGCCGCCUCUUCCUCAAGGACAACGGCAUCGUGGCCGUGGAGGAGGAGGGCCUGGGGGGGCUGGCGGAGCUGCUGGAGCUGGACCUCACAGCCAACCAGCUCACGCACCUGCCCGGCCAGGUCUUCCAGGGCCUCGGCAAGCUGGAGUACCUGCUCCUCUCCGGCAACCGGCUGGCGGCGCUGUCAGCGGACUCCCUGCGGCCCCUGCGGCGCGUCUUCUGGCUGGACGUCUCGCACAACCGCCUGGAGGCCCUGCCUGAGGCCGACCUGCCCCAACUGCGCUACCUGAGCCUCAGGAACAACUCCCUGCGGACCUUCACGCCACAGGCCCCUGGCCUGGAGCGCCUGUGGCUCGAGGGCAACCCCUGGCACUGUGGCUGCCCCCUGCGGGCCCUGAGGGCGCUGGCCCUGCAGCAGCCCAGCGUUGUCCCGCGCUUCAUGCAGGCCGCGCCGGAGGGGGACGACGGCCAGCCACCCGUGUACGCUUACAACAACAUCACCUGCGCCAGCCCCCCGGGCGUCUCGGGCCUCGACCUGCGUGACGUCGCCGAGGCUCACUUCGCUCACUGCUGACCGAGGCGCGCCUGGCCCAAUGCUGCCCCGGGGUCACAACGGCGUCCCCCUCGGGGCGGGGGGGACACGGUACAGCCACGGGGUCCUGCUGGCGUGGGCACCGCCACCACACAGGCCCCGGCCCCCCGCCGUCCCUCAUUAAAAGCCAU